AUGCGAUCGGCCACAGCACGCUUUGAGCUCAGCCGAGCAGUGGGGAAGGGAGGUACGACCGAACUACUAGGAGACAGUGAAUACUGAGGGUUCCGCCGUGAGCGUCGACAGACCGCAUGAGGUCGGAAUGCGGGAGAUGACAUCAAAAACCGCGAAAAUUGUCGCUAUGGGGGAGGAGUGAUAGCAGUAGAUUUAGAAACCAAUUCAAAACAGGGGUUUCUAAUGAUAUAAUUAAGAGUUACCACUUAUUCUACCACUAAAUCCCAGGAGGCCCCUUCUCGAAGUCAAGAAUCUGAGUGUUCGGGAAUGAGACCGUUAACAGUGCCUUUAUGCUUUCCGGUGUCAGAUGGUUGCGUAAUUUCGACUUGAAUACCAGUAACUUAGGCGAUAAUCUAAUUUCAGGCGGAAGAUUAUUCCAAAGGAAGGCAUAUUUGGAAGCAAAGAAGAGGGAGCGCUUAGAUGUAGUACAAAGAGGCGGCGGAAUCACCAUGCAGGAGUUGCGCGUGGCAUAAGACCGAUCUCUCGGAGUGAGAGUGUCAAUGUGCGGAAGACUGGAGCUAGAGUUGAUGCGAAAAAGGAAGCAAAGGCCAGCUUCGAGUCUUCUAACCCACAAAAAGUUAAUGUUUGUCAGCUGACAUCUCUGAGUAUAAGAAAUACUGGACGAAGCUUGAGAGAACAGUUUCCGGGUGAAAACCCUCUGAACAUUUUCGAUUUUAUUACGGUCGCAGGCAUUCAUUAAACCCAAGAAAGGACAGCAGUAUUCGAGGACUGCAAUUCAUUCUCCUCAGAACAAACAUUUGAUAAAGUCUUAGUUUCAUUUCCGGAAGCAAAAAAUUAUGCGAUAUGAAUCCACAUAUCUGCGCGGCUUUGGCAGAGAUUUUAUCUGCAUGAGGUGAUAAAGCAAGCUUAUUUGUAUAACUUACACCUAGGUCCUUUAUGGUGGGGCAUUCUGAGAGUUGGUUAUUCUGAAAAAUUAUGGGACCAGGAAGUUUGGUAGGACCAAAAGACAUGAAACUACACUUGGAUGAUGAAAACUCCAUCUGCCAUGUCGAACCCCAUCUGCUUAAGCGUAGUAAAUCGGCAUUAAUUUUUUCAACACAAACAUUUGCGGUGUCCUUAGAAUAUGAGUAAACACACUUGAGGUCAUCGGCAUAAGUAACAGUUUGCGAAUUUCCGAGUUCAGUCGAAAUAUCAUUGAUGUACAGAAGGAAGAGUAGCGGACCCAGAACCGUGCCUUGAAGUAUGCCACUCGUGCUCGAGUGGGGUGUCAAGUAGCUAUCACCGACCAUGACUUUCUGAAAUCGGUUGGACAGAUAGGACCUGAUGAAGUCGAGUAGAGGCGGUCGGAUGCCGAGAGCUUCCAAUUUUACUAAAAGACGUCUAUGGGGCACCUUGUCAAAGGCUUUGCUAAGAGCAAAGUUACUAACUACCACUGACUGCCGCUCAUUACGAAGAGAAGUGAUUAGAUUAAGAAAAGCCAAGUGACAUGUUUCGCAGGAUCGUUCAGGUAAAAAUCCAUGCUGACUAGAGCUCAGAAGCCGAUUAGCUAGGCAGAAGUCAAGAAUUUCAUUGAAAAUAAUCCUUUCGAGAAGCUUUGCUAGAGACGGCGUUUUGUGCACGCCCCGAUAGUUAUUAACAUCGGACCGAGAUCCUGACUUGAAGACGGGAAUGUUAAUUGACGUUUUCCAUGUUUGAGGAAAGAAUCCUUUUGAAAUAUAAACCGAGAAUAAAUGACUAAGCAAUAUGGGAAGGUCGGACGCUUGCUUAAUAAUGGAAUUCGGAAUCCCGUCCGUUUCUGUGCAGUGUGAGUAUUUCAAACGGCUUAUGUGUUUCUUAAUGAGAUCUGAGGAGACAUCAAUUGUACUAAGUGUUCUGUCUGAAAGUGGUCGAAAGAAAGGGACCGGAUCGGGCUCGGUAGCAAGGUGUUUUGCAAAGAAAGCACUAAACAACUCCGCCUUGUCAGUGUCAUCGGUGAGGAAGACUUUGUUAUCAUUUAGCAGGGGUGUUCACAGGGCAGGUUGCCGUAAGUUGGCUGUUUGCUUGCGACAGAGAUAAGCGUCCGUUCACAGAGAAUAGAUAGAUAGAUAGAUAAUUUUUAUUAAAGACCCGUCGGGGUCCCAUCAAAGCAAGUUAAAAUAAAUUUGCAUGCGAGUUUUAGACGAGGUAGGCUGAAUCUUUACAAAAUGCAAUUCAUAGUUUCUGAAUUAGAAGUCCAUUGAGAAACAUGAAGAUUGAGGGGUGAAAAAAAACUCCUCGGAAAAAGUUAAAAAUGAUUGGAUUAAUUUUACAGGAGAAAAAACCCCUCUUUAAAAAUAAUAACAGAAAAGUCAGUCGCGGUGGCUUGUUUGCGGGGGUGACUUGCUGAGUACGGAUCAUGAGAUUGAACGAGAUAAUGGAGGAUUAGGGGUUCGCAUAAUCACCGGGGCUCAUGGUUUUCAAGCCAGGUAGUGCGACGCGCGUGAUGUGAUAGUAGUUUGUCAGGGCUACCGGGGGUCACUGCAGCUUGACAGGACGGGUCCCAGUUCUAGCCGUCAGCGGUGGUUGUGUGUCAACGGCCUGUCAACGAUUGUCGCGGUCAUCGACCGACAAAAGGGAGCCGGAGAAAAGGGGGGGCUGAAGCGGCCGCUACAUAGUGCAAUAAUGACAAAAGUUUUCAAUAGUACGGGAAGAUAUCAUUUUUGAGAAAGACUGAAGAGAGUUUUGUAUGCAGAGGAGGAAAAUCUCUUGGCUGUUUAAUAAAAGAGUUCGGGAUGCUCUUAGUUCCUUCUGAGUGCGAGCUAGUAAGCUGGCUUCUCAGUUUCUGAAUAUUUGCAGGAGCAACAUUUAUGGUCGUGAGGGAAGCAUCAGUUAAGUAUAUUUAAGGAAACUUUAGGCAUUCGCUAUGGGAUAUAUUUUUCCUCAAAGUAAUAAUUAGCUGGAACGUGGUAAUUAAAAAGUAUCGAAGAGCUUGAUCGGUUGUUAUUGCUUAUCCUACGCCCAAGUAAUUGCUUACGACCUCUAUUCUCAGUGGCUAUCUAGGUACUAAUAUCCGUGUAAACCUGUAUGUCCUCACCCAAUCCAGACAUCACUGUAAUUAUGUAUUCAAAAAAUAUUCGCAUGACAACAGUGCCUGCCGUACUCCCGAUUAAUGCUUCCAAUUCGUCCUAUCCGCAAAUGUAAAGACAUGUACAGUUUCCCCGCCAACACAUGAGACUGCUUGCACACUCCAACGGCUGGUUGUUUUGCUGUCGCCUUUUUGUUUCUCAGCCCAUGCCGAAGCCAAACAGUGUGCCACUGUAAAGUUACAUCGAACUAUAGCGAAGCUCAUUUUUAGCCUUCAGAAACUUUAAUCCCUUAACUUAUUUUUUCGGCAACAAAGAUAACCGUACUUUGUGCGUCCGUCAACCCUGUUUUUCAUUAUCUACUUCUUUAAUUUCUGUUAAGUGCGUCAGCACUUGGCUUGUGAUAAACAUUCUGCGUAAUCUUUGCAAUAAAAUGUUAAACUAUUCAGGAGUAUGCAGGCCCGCAUUCGAAUUUGGGUGCUUUUAAUUGCAUUGCCUAAGAAGAAUAUUUGUGACCGUGAGCGACUACUCCCUUCAUGAGUUACCUACCCGAACAUCCACUGCACUGUUGGGAUUUAUUACGAUCGAUUCCAUAUUCUGUACGCGGGCCUCAGUUCCAUCUAGGAUCCGGUUUGCCACUAUAACACGAGCCGACCUUGAGCGGGCUAUCAGUGGCGCGCUCUGGUUGGUUUGCGCGAUCGUAUUUCUUGCAAUGACAAUUGGCUGAAACUCGAAGUGUGGAGGCGUGAAAAUACAAAGUGACGGCGUUGAAGCGAUAUAUUAGUCUGCAAAUCGCACACUCUAUUAUAGUUCGAGAAUAUUAUUCUACGAAAAUCGCGGCCCCACUUGCGUGCGAAACGCAAACCCGUUUAAAUGCCAAUCCAUCCCUUCUCGGCGCCGACUGCUCUUUUUCACCCCAGGCGUCGUCAAUGACUUCCUCCUCGGCAGUAUGAAGUUACUGUCUUUUUAUUGGCUUUACUCAGUUUUUUGCGCCGGCGUUAUAUGUAUAGAAGACUCUUUAGAUCUUCAUCUAUUAAAGGAACGCGUAAAGCGCAUAUUCUACCACUCCUAUGAUAACUAUCUCCAACACGCCUACCCUUAUGAUGAAUUGCGGCCGUUGACUUGUGAUGGACAGGAUACCUGGGGGAGCUUUUCGUUGACACUUGUCGAUUCUUUGGACACGCUUGUGGUGUUGGGCAACUACACUGAAUUUAGGCGCGCUGUCGAACUGCUUUUGAAAAAUUUGGAUCCGAACAAAAAUGUCAACGUGUCAGUUUUCGAGACUAAUAUAAGAGGUACGAUCCAUUAUUGCUCACCGCCAAGGUUUCAGUUGUUGGUGGCCUCUUAUCUGCCCAUCUUCUCGCUAAGAAGGCUGGAAUGGAUACAGAGCCUGGAUGGCCGUGUCAUGGAAGGCUGCUGGACCUUGCAGAACGCUUCGCUAGUAGAAUACUUCCCGCCUUCAAUACACCCAGUGGAAUGCCCUAUGGCACUGUUAAUUUGGCAUUGGGUGGCGUUCCUUUGCAUGAGACUCCAGUGACAUGUGUUGCUACAAUCGGUACUUGCAUACUUGAAUUUGGUGCCUUGUCAAGGCUGACAGGUAAAUAAGUAUAUCUCGCUGUCUAUGGUUUUUGGCCCUUACCAGCAAAACAACCUAAGUUCCCCACAGAACCGCCAUAAAUCGACCAAUCCACAGGUAUCAGAACUAGCGUGUGCGCACGUGCACGUUUAGGGAAUUGUCCGUCAGCAUUUGACUACGUAAUAGCAACACCAUUGGCAGGUUUCUACUUUUUGUCAUCACACAUAUCUCAUCGCCUGUCAAUGCAUCUCCCUUUAUCACUCUCCCUUCUGUACAGGUGAUCUUCGCUACGAAAAGGCGGCACUGCGAGCUCUCCGCGCUCUUUGGGCUCACCGAUCACAUCUAGGCCUCAUUGGAAAUCACAUAAACGUCCUGACGGGUGAGUGGGUUGGAAGUGAGGCCACCAUAGGAGCCGGUGUGGACUCGUAUUUUGAGUAUCUCUUGAAGGGCGCAAUUAUGUUUCGAAUGCCAGAGCUCGACGCUAUGUUCCGUGGUAAGUAUUUAUUCCUCUUUAUUGACUUUUACACUUCCACAACAUGUCUCAUGUUCAGUCACCCAUUAGCGAACGUGGUGAUACACUCAGUGCUGAGUACAAGGAUAUAUUCCUUACGUAAAAUAUGUAUGAAGGGUAUGUGUGAUACAGGGAGCGAUAAUGGAAGUGCGGAAUAGUUCCAAACUUCAUAUCGCACGCCGCCUAUGUAGUUCAGGCCACAACCAAGAAAUAGCGCCCUCGACCAUUCAUCUCUUACGAUUUUUGGGAGUUUUCUGCCUAGCAGUCUCACAAGUCGUCUGGAUUGACUGUUUUAGAUUGCCUUUCUCAGACCUUUGUUUAGAACCAAAUCACAAGGAUCGGCGGUAGGAGGACCUUUUUAAGUAACGGUCCGCAGACUCUAUUAUGAUGCCAUCCCUGGAUUUUAUGAUAUAUAUAACAAUCUGUAUACUAGACUGCCGGUUCAGCUGCGCGAUUGAUUAUUUUCCAAACGGAAGUCCGCCAACCCCGUUGUUGGCGUCCAAUAAAGGUUGUCACGUUAUCCUUCGCCCAUGGACGCACACGGUAACUAGGAUCUAGCUUAACGAUUCGGAGCGAGAUGUGGCGCUGGUUUCUAUCCCACGCAGUAUGCCCAACUUUCGGUGUUUUGAUUGUGUUUAUAAUUUCCGCUGCACCUGUCACCUUCACCCCAGUGGUAUUUCACACGCCAAGAUCGUUGUAUCCAGACAAUUUUCUAACAAACUUGGCGUCUUCAUUCGGACCUCGGUAGCAGGUUUUCGCUCCACUUGGUAACCCUUUAAGCCUCAUAUGUAAAUUGUAGUGAAGACAACUUCGGCAGCAUCGAUUUUGCUAUCUCCGUGGGCUGAUGGUUAAAUUAAGUUAACAGAACUCGGUGUGAUGUAUUUACCAGGUACUUCUUCCCAAUCUGUUCUGCAAACCAUUUGGCCAGAAAUGGCCAUUCCAGUCUCCCUUGUCUUUGUCGGUAAUACCAUUCUGCCCAUUUGAUCUUUAGCAAAAUCGGUCGUCAGCUGGAUUGUUACCUUUGGAAUGUCAGUUCUGAGGUUUAACAGUACAAAGUCGCCCAUUUUAAGAAGAGCCUUUAACGGAUUCCGUCCAUCAGUAUCAGGGUCUCAUUUCUUAUCACGGCUCUGCAUUCCCUGAUUCUUACGUAAUGUUGCCCACAAGUCUGGUAGCCUAGUUGUAGCAAGCAUAUCUGACACCCUUUAAGGACUUUUGUUUGAUUUAUAGACUCAGGAGAAGUUUCUUUCAAUUCCUUUUAGAUUACCGUCAAAUUAUACGAAAACAUAUGAAGUUCGGUUCUUGGCAUUAUAUGGUUUCAAUGAAACAAGGCAGUGUAACAAGUCCACUGUUUCAGAGUCUAGAGUCAUUUUGGCCAGGCGUUUUGGUGAGUUGGACCUUUUUCGAAGUGAAAUCCCCCAUUAACCUAUUAAUUAAAAGUUUGAUGUAGGAUUGCAGAUUUUUACUCUAUAGGUCUUAAAUAAGUGCCCUUAGCCAUGAAUCCAACUGGUUGCUUUUUAAUUUUCUCAGAAAUCAACUGCUAACUUGGAGUAAAUCAGUUUAAGCCGAGGUCUUUAGGCGCAGGCCGAAAUCUGAUGUAUGGCUAUUUGGGUCGAAGUUCAUCAGCCACAGCAGGACAACCGCGUAAUAUUAACUGCCGACAGGCGGCCACCAGUGUUUUUAGUGUUAAAAGAUACCAUAGUAGCAGCACAGGUAUUAGCUAAAAGCCCAGACACGUGUUUCGCCGAUAUUCUGCCGUUGCAUGGCACAGCUGCGAGGGAUUAGGCUCACCAAUAAGUCCCUCAGCAUUCCCCGCGUGCUUUCUGGUCGAUACUCCAGUUUAGAAGUUGUUGCUGUCUGACCUUACUCUCAAAGCUGAAAGCGCGUAUGCCAGUUCAUCCACAUUUUCAAAGUUGGUUAUUAAUGGGAACAAGGACUCAGUGGCCUGACCAUUGCGUGGCUGUUGUACUAGAGGAAUCGUCCUUAUUCCCGAUGAGUUUGAAUGGAGUCACUUGAUCAAUUGAGUCGUAGGAGUCCUCCAACGUGCAUUGCUGGAUCGCGUUUAUUUUACCAAUCCCAUCCAAUUAAUUCAGUCAUUUCAUAUACUAGCUAUGCCUACCUCUAGACUUUUAAGUCGGUCUUCUAGCCGACGAUUAGGAGAGAGAUGGUGGUCUGAGUCUGUCCAGACUUACAUGCUUUUGAGCCGAUGCCAGGCGAUUUUUGCUGUACCUCCCCCCCCCCGCCUUUUGACCAUGUGCCCAGUUAUCACACACUGUUCCGUUUUUUAAUAGUUUUCUUUCACCGUUGACUUGAAAUGUGUAAUUUUUUUGUAGGCACUCGCUGGGGAUAUUGAAGAAGCCAAAGAGUCCCUUCUGCAGUACCACCAAGUCUGGAAGAAAUACGGAUUUCUUCCGGAAAUGUACGACAUCAAUUCGGGCAAACCGGUGUCAGGCAGAGCAGCUUAUCCUCUUCGGCCAGGUUUGCACUUUUGUUUGCAAUUAUUUCGUGAAUAGAGGAACGUGUUUAAGUCCUACGUACUUGUCGGAGUAAGAGUGACACUUGUGGCGCACUAGGCUGGUAUCUCUUUUUCUGGAACGUUCACAAGCGUCCGUCGUCAGAAGUCGAAUGCAAGCGGUAUUUAUCCAACACUUUGGCCAAUCACCCUUUAGCUUUGCAAGCCUGGAUGUAGCUUUAAGGGGUUAUGUAUGUGGUUGGGAAAUCGGUACUCCUUAGUUCUAAAGUCAAAUCGGCGCACAGCUUGCCUUUCCCCCGCCAGAGCAAUUAUUUUUAGUGCUGCUAGAUAUGAGGCCUAACUCGUCUGGUGGACGCGGGUGACAAUUUCUAGUAGUAUUCUCGUAAGUGAUCCAGUUUACACCCAUGCAUGUAUGAUUCCAUGCUUCUCCCAGCCCAGCUAAUUACAUCUGUUAAACCGAAGCAUUAAUGCGCUAUUCCUCAUUGUUCGCUAGAGUCUUAUCUUUUUUCGACCUUGAGAAAUCUGUUCGUAGUAGACUCUGGUCGGUGUGCGCUUCUAAAACCUGGUUCCUCGACAGUGUGUCCAGCCCCCUAGAAGCCAUCCUUCUUAUAUAGUAUACUGGUUUACCAUGCCUUCAGUUGCUUUUCCGUCUGCGUUCAACAGGAUGGAUUCCAAGGCUUAGGUUUGCCAGUACUUAUAAAGCCAUUCCGCCGAAACCGAUCUCAGAGAGACCUAACAAUUCCCCUCCACGUCUGCGGAAGAUGUUAGUGACUGCUGUUCGAACCUCAGGGAUUUUGAACCUGGAGUUUGGUAUGGCCAGUUGGUGAUGACUACUAGACCACAAAUGGCCAUUCCAACCCCCCUUGUCUUUGCUAUUUACCUUAUUUUGCACUGGGGUAGACCCCAGUGGUGGAGCAGCUGCGCCAGGUGCGACUAUGCGCAUGUUUGUUUCCGGUACCAGCUGGUGGUCAGGGUUAUGACUGGCUGAAUGAAGGCAAACUAGCCCGAAACAGUGCUGUAUGAAUCUACCCCCCAGACUCUGUCGUCUCCCCUCUGAUAUAUAUAUAUAUAUAUAUAUAUAUAUAUAUAUAUAUAGGCAGAAUCAUAUUACCGACAAAGACAAGGGAGACUGGAAUGGCCAUUUCUGGCUUAUUAGCCGUCGACAGCCAGCCAUACCCAAGCCCGAAGUGUGGAACACCCGAGCCUCGAACUCGCGACCUGUUGGUUUAGAAGUCAACGCCUCUCCUCACCGGGCCACGAGCCCGACAUAUAUAUAUAUAUGUCUUUGUCGGCUCUAUCUCAUCUAUAUAUAUAUAUAUAGGCAGAAUGAUAUAACCGGUUAUAUCAUUCUGCCUAUAUAUCAUGCGCCGCUGUGCGGCUGCUGGUUGGGCUCGAGAGAGAGAGCCCUUAAGGCACAACGGAACGAGUGAGUUCCGUAUGAACGAUCGGUGAGCGCCCCCUACCAUAUAUAUAUAUAUAUAUAUAUUCAAGCGAAUAAUUUCAGAAAUUAAUCAGUGCAGGACUUGGAGUUAAAUCUCCGGGACAUGACUUUUAAGGGUCAGAACCGAAAUUUCAAUGAACAUUUGAGUCGAAGACAAUCAACUACUGUGGAAUAACCAUGUAAUGCCCAUUCUACAAACAAGUAGUACUACGAGUAGUAUUAAAUCCAUAUAGUAAAGGUAUUAUACCGUACUCCCGACAUAGAUUCUUGCUAAAAAGCAUCUACGUAACGGGGCCACAUUCUAGGUUUGAUAAUUUGAAAAGCAUCCUCUUCUGGUCACUGCAACACUGGUUCGGCGAGCCGUCCUGAUAUUAGCGAGCCCCUCGGGCUUCUCUUGUUGGUGGUACUUAUUAUCGAAUUGGCAAAAGCUCCUAAGGCAAAGUUUGAGUAAUUCUAUAACAUAUUGCGUUAGGAUCUAAAUAGGAUUGUUUUGUAGGCGUUGGGCUACUCUUUCGAUUGCCAAAUCGUGUGGUGCGGAAGAAAACGAGGCAACAACGCCAGAAGAUAGGAGGCAUCAAUCAGUACCUACUUUGAAGCCAUGGAUCCUGCGGAGGAAUGCAUGAGAGUUGUUAAUGCUGCAGUCUGAUCCCCGAGUAAGCUGUUUCCGAUGACUGUACAACCACUUAGCUGUAUUGUAAGUAGGUGGUCCGAUGAGAAGCACCGUAAUCCUCUGCGGUGCAUCCACUUUGUACACUUUUUGGAGGCCAUACGCAUGUGCGAUAUGGGGACCACUGGGGAUUAUCAACUUGGAGUCAUCUGGCCUGAUAACUUUCAGACGAGCGAGCUCAUCAAUCUUCUUUUCCAUGGCUGCAGCCUGCUUUUUCGUCGGGUCUUCGGUGACACGUGUCUCUCCGAUUGAUUGUCUUUGACUCGAAUGUUCAUUGAAAUUUCGGGUCUGACUCUAAAAAAUCAUGUCCCGGAGACUUAACUCCCUGUCCUGCACUGAAUAAUUGCUGAAAUCAUUCGCUUAACACACAUGUAUAUACCUCACUUCGUAUGGCUUAUGACGUACUUAUGAUCGGUAACGGCUGCGAAACAGUUGUCUGCGUCUGUUGCAUUCCUAGUGAGCUGCCCAUGUAUUAUGUACAUGCAUAGGUAGCUCGAUAUAACACACGAAACUGCUCUUAUGGUCCAUAACUCCCGCCCACCUCUGUUUACCCUCUUUAUUCAUGCACUCAAAGCUUUUGUCCUAUUUGUGAGCCAAUACGUCUGCUUUGUAGUCGGAAGUGAAUACCCUUGUCUUCCUUGUUUGCGGCGAGCCCGUGCAAAUUUGCUCAGUUUCGCUUUCAGCAUUUAUUUAUCAAGCUGUACUAUUUCCUCGGGAAAGUUAAUACGUUUAGAGUAAAUAGCGUUGCCAUGUCUGCCUGUUCUCUUCCCACAGAAUUUAUAGAAUCGGUGCUGCACCUAUACAGAGCGACUCGAGAUCCCUACUUGCUCGAGGUCGGCGUCGAUGUUCUCACCUCCAUUGAAUCCCAGGCCCGAACAGGCUGCGGGUAUGCUACGGUAAGCGCCAAGAUGUCAAUUGGUUUUCCCCUGACAAAACUAUUGCCGUUUGUUUUCAAACCGUGUGAGCUGGGGUAAUAUACUGUCCAGAUAAAAAUCACUUGUGCUACCAAAGUCCUUGUGGAGACAGUAUACUAUGGAGUACCCCUUAAAUAACCCAAAACCAGUCGAUUGAAUGUCUUAGCCUACUGAUGACACAAAUCUAUUCUCUUUCCCGUUAAAGUACUGUUUACAGGCGGCACAUUGUCCGCUGAUGUCGUUAUUUAUUCAGGCUACCAAUUAGGGUAGGCAGCUUGCUGAACCUGCUUACCGAAAGCCAUCCUGACUGAUAUCAAAACAGAAGUAUUGUUGAUGUUGUUCGACUACGAGUAAGCACAGUCUGGCUCGAUUUCCCCCUUGUCCAAUGUCAAUUUGGCAAGAGUUUUAACGGAAUAUAAAGUACGUGUCGUGGAAGCCUGUGACCUUGGUCCUAUUGUAGUGGCUUCAGCAGCAGUUCUCCACUGACCCUUCAAACGUGCGAUGCCUAUAAUUGUGCUGCCAUUUUGUUAAAUACAUAUGUAGUAGCUAGGUUUCUUUUUUAUCAUGAAAAAUUUCCGCUGAAUUGCCUUCUAUUACAAUUCAGUUUGGCUCCAAUUGCCUCAAAAGUUGCGCCCAGGCGGAAGGUGGUUGAGUUAGGCUGUAAAUACAAAAUCUGAAACGCAUUAAUCAGGGGACUUUACUUGCGUCAGCAGUUAUUCGGGUUAAAUCCAUUGGCCAUGCUGCCGUAAUCUGAAGACCUUCAAAGUGUGCUUGUUGCGUCGAGCCUGAGUUUUAGCCAACAGGCCUCGCACCGGUGCCCCUUGUAUCUGGGAUUUUGUCUUAUAGACUGUUGACGUAUUUCGGUUUCUUAUAGCCCGAAAUAAGCGCUAUUCAGGCGUUGUACUUUUCCUUAGUGUGCCUUUUGCGACUGAGUUCGUCGAUUCUUCUCUUUUAAUGUUUUCCAUCAUUUACACUGACUUUAAUACCGUCUUCGUCGUCGAUAUUGCAUGCAAGCCGACAAUGACUUAUUGUUAUAAUGCUUCUCUUAUUUUAUCCAAUGCAUAUUUGACUCUCCCCUCGCACUCAGUAGCCCUCUGGUCUCACCUGCAGGUCGCGGACGUUCGCACACACGCACUGGAAGAUCGUAUGGAGUCAUUCUUCUUGGCCGAGACGACUAAAUACCUCUACCUCCUCUUCGACACAGAUAACUUCUUACACACCCUCCCCUCAGAGGAGCGCGAUCAAAGCUUGCAUUCAGUCUCUCCGUCACCUGCCUGGGCGUCAUCUGAGCAGCAGUGUGAGCCGGAAAGCGGCGGCUACAUUUUCAACACUGAGGCACACCCGCUUGACAGUGGCCUCAUUCACUGUUGUUCUAUACAACGCGUCCAGUCAUUGGAUGCCACUGCCCACCUCACUGCGCAGCUGCCUGAGCUAGAUCUAAAUCUGACUACUCUUGGUGACGCAGGUGUUGUUGAUGACCGGGACGACAAUUUUCCGGACAACCCGGAUGGCAGGGAGGAACCACUGCCUGGACCGGCCGCUGGUCGAAAAGUGCUUGAGGCUAAAUUAGUGGAAGAAGUGGAUAAAACAUUUGUCAAACUCCUUACUCCUGGGCUGAAGUGGGACGGCUCCUCUUUUGCAGUUCCUCGCGGGGAAUAUCGCUCUGUGAAUACCAUGGCCGUGGAGGUUGGCAGCGAUGAGUGGUUGACCUCCCUCUGGCAGGACCUGUCUGGACUUUUGAUGCUUUUGCCGUCGGAAGAAAAGUACCCACCUGGCUACGUCCCAGCCCUGAUGCGGCGCUCACCGCCUCUCAUGACCUGCCCCAACAUUCCUUUUUCUGUGCACCUGAAGUCUUUCCAGGAUUUAGAUACACUUGAUUUGCGUUGA